CACAGCUCCGCGAUCAUGUCAACAACUCUCUUCUAGACAGAGUAAAAGACCAUCUAAGGUCACGUGUCAACAUUAUCCUCAAUCAAGCUAAGUCAAGGCGGCACCAAAGACAAAGCCCAAGAGGAGCAUCGUAUAAUCUGAAAAGACACUCAGACCUGGCCAACAAGUUGCAUAAUCAAAAUGCCUCCCAAGAGGCCUGCCCAGAAGCCUACUGCUCUGCGCAAUGUCUAUCAAUUCCGCAGUGAGGAUAAAGUCCUAUUCAAGACCUGCAAAGAGUUGAAAAGUGGCUUGACACCUUUGGAUGUGCCAGGGGAUGGAUCGACUAAAACAGCCAUAAAUCUUCAUAAAAAGCUACAAAACUACCAACGCGAACGAUUUCGAGGCUUCAAUGCGGAGGAAUUACGAUCCCUGGACUCUUUGGCUCCGUACUAUGAAUUUGAAGAGAACCUUCUUCUUUACACUCUUGACAAUCCGCUUCAUCCGGUUUUCCAAAAAGAAAGGUGGUCUCAACCACUUCUGUUACAUCAGGCUUUGUUUCCUCUAGAUCUUGGACGCAAUGGCUUUUGGGAUGUCCAAAAUGACAUAGUCUGGGCCCAACUAAUACCAGGCCUCCGAAUAGCCAGUCAAAUACUAGAGCAAGCUCAAUCUUGGCCAUGGUGGGACACUCUCCUCAAUGGCGACCUCAAAGGAAUAGAGUUAGCUUUAAUCCCCGAGAGUGCCCAAAAAAACGGUCUAAAUCGGAUUUUCCCACGAGAAGCAUCAAUUGCCGGUGCUCCCAAAGAGGUGGCAAGAAACAGAGAUCGCCUUAAAAAAAUGGCCAAGUCAAUUGAAUUCCAUCUAACAAGCGAACGAGUUGACCCCCAUACAUCGCUCCGAAGACAGUGGACCAUGAUAGGAGAAACAGAAUCUCAGACGGAUGGGCCUACAAUCGUUUGGAUUGGCAUCGAAACUCUAGAACCCUUAUUGAACCCACAAAUUACCAGAGCGGAGAGAAUGUUGUGUCACUUUAGGGUGGCCUGCACUGUCAUACACGAAUUCUCACAUGCGAUCUGGCACCACACUAUCCAAAAAGAGGUUAUGGAGGACGAUGAUCCAACUACCAAUCCCGAACCCUAUACUGGUGACGAGAUCUGGGCAGAGGGAUUCUCCAUGGAAGUACAGCUUUUUGGUGGGUUGACUUUGUCUUUCAACAGUCCAACAAGCAACGGGAUUGCAGGACUACCCGUAGCAGGAUUCUUUCAAGGGGAGAUGAGUGAGUCACUUUGCCCGAGCUUGCUUUAUGUGGAAACAAAUCCUAUCCUACUUUUGGAUCCUCCUUCCGGCUGGGAUACACCUGUCUAUUACCCCGUCCCUUUACCCUAUUUCUACAACCUUCAUAAUUCUGAUCUUUGGAAUCAUGUCCGAAAGCGUGAUGUCACAGCUCUCCACUUAGGCCCCAAAGUUCUCGGCAUACGGGAUCUAGGUUUUGCAAAAUACGGACAAGUAAAUAUGCCAAGGCCAGAUAAUGAAGAAACCGAGGACGAUAUCAUGACGGAUGACAGCAUGCCAGAGGAUGUACAGGACACCAUUGCUUCAGAAAAUGGUCGACGACGACAGGUCAAAAAGCUGCUUGAAGCGCUUGAAAACCCACAAAACAUCCCACUGGCGUCUCCUGCCCUCGUUGGGGCGGAACCGAAUGUCGAAAGUGAUGCCGGUACUCUGUCUUUAGACAAAUUCAACGAGAUCGUUACCUUCCUACGCCUCAACAGAUUCAAGUUGGCAAUGCACACAAUGCAUUUCAACAUGGGAGUACAUGUCUUGUUUGCACAUAUCACCAGAGCAGGCUUAUCCAUUUCCUAUGAAGAAUUUAGAGCCUUCCUUAACAAUCUCAAAAAGGAUAAAAAGGAUCAACGCAUGUUGUUGGAGGUUACUACGAUGAGCUCAGGGCCUCUGCCUACCAGAGCCACAGUUGCGGUUUUGCAAAACGGGUGGACAGGCAUCGACAGCGUUACCCAGAAGCCCAUUCCUCCUGCAGUAACGCGACCACCACAUACAAAGCCAAGUCAGCUGAACCUUGAUUGGUUUACCAAGUGUACAGAUCUAGUGAUGGACGAGGAUGGGCCCUAUGGGUACUUUUAUCAACCAGAUUUAUUUGAUUUCGAUAUUGAAAAAUUUCGACGGCUGGCGAAUCAAGCUUCCUUGGAAAUAGGAACGCGCGGCAACUUCGAAUUCGUUGGCCCUCUAUUCCAGGACUGCAUCCGUGAAUUCGAGGCACAGAACUACAAAUGGGCGCUUGGUCCUCCAGGAAUCAUUAGGAAGCUAAAGAAUGGUUGGCCCGUACUCGCAGCUGGGAACAAGAGGAAGAAACCUACAGCUGUACGAGGCGUUAAAAACAACAAGAAGCAGAACAAGAGGGUGAAGCGGUAA